AUGGAAAAUCAAGUUUCUCAAAAAUUAAAUGAGUAUGGUGGCAAAGCCCAAGCCCAGAUUAACAAACCUUUUGACUAUUAUCGGAAGCAAGAAUCCUUUUAUCGGGGAUUAUUUUGGAUUGGGCAAAAUCAUCCGUCCAUUGAUAAAAGAAGUUAUGAUAAUUUAAUCCAAGAUUUAAAAAGACAAGUCCAACAUUAUCAAGGACUUUAUGAGAAAAGGGUGGAGAAGGAUUUGGAUAAAAAAGAUGGGGGAACCCAAACUGAUUUAUCGGACCGACAGAAGUGGAAUUUAGGGAUGUUGAAGGGGAAAUUGGAGGGAGAAAAUAAAAAGUUAAAUAAGCAAAUUGAAGGAUUAACCCUGUUAGCCAAUAAAAGAAAACAAGAUUUAGAAAGAGAAAAACAAGCCCUUAUUGAUUUAGCCAAACAAAAAAUAGCCAAUAAAAAAGAGGCUGCUGAGUUAUUAAAGAAUUUAGAAGAAAAGUGA